AUGUCCAACAACCUUCUGAACCUGUUCUGUCUUGUCGACGGAGAGGCCGCCACCAACGCGUUCCCUGUCGAGAUCGAGUCAACCAAGACCAUCGGCGACCUCAAGGACUUCAUCAGGGACAAGAAUGCUGUCGAGUUUACAGAUGUCGAUGCCAAAUCCCUUACUCUCUGGCGCGUCUCGAUCCCAAUCACAAAAGGCAACGAGGACACUCCCAUCCUGCUCGAAGAUGUCCCCAGCAGCGACAAGAACAAGCUCGGUCCAACAGACGAUGUUCCCGAGUGGUUUCAACAAGUACCACUCAAGAAAACGAUCCACGUCAUAGUCCAGCGACCCCCACCAGAUCCUCAGUACUUACCUCAGAAGAAGAAGAUUCGUAUUGAGGAAGGUUGGAAGCCAUUUACGGCAUCUGACGGAAUCCGAGUGGAUUUGCCUCCUUCUUGGAUCGACAUACUUGCGAGCACCGAAUUUGUACCCGAACCGCGAGCAGCCUUCGAUCACCUCAAUGACGACCUUCGAGCUGGCGACGCAAUCAUUGUACCGAGUAUGGGCCAAAUCCCCAAGGACUUUGGACUUUACGGCCAAGGUCACAAACUUCUCGUCACCGAGCAAAUGCUGGAACUUUGGGAUGAAAUACAUCGGGACCAAGAGCGUACGUACAGACGAAUCCUGUCCGGUCCGAUGGGUGUUGGCAAGUCGUAUCUCUCCUAUUUCCUCGCAGCAAGGGCGUAUGCUGAAGGAUGGCUUGUCCUCUACAUGUCAGAUGCCGGAGAGUUGGACAGGGACGACGAGAACGAGUCAGCAUUGCAGGUGGUCAAGCGAUUCCUGGCUCUCAACAAAGAUGUUUUGACCGGCGCCGAGUUGGCGAUGCUUUUAAACGACUACGACGGCACACGCAACAUAUCAAGGAAUGCUAUGUCAGUAAUCUUCGGGACGCUACUCAAGUCGCGGGAUCGGAAGACGCUGUUGCUUGUUGACGAGCAUGGGAAGUUGUUCAGAAAAGAGCCUUACAUUCCGGACAAGUUCAGGUCGCUGGUACCUCUUUUGUUAUACAACUGGUGGGGUGAGGACGCCAAGGGGUCUCGGGUGGUUUUCACAGGCACCGCGCACGCCAAGUACGAGAUGGAGAUCUUGGAGGAGAGCUAUAGGUUCAUGUCGGUGGUUUUUGUCGGGCCGCUAUCAAGACAUGUAUUCUCCAAGCUACUGGACAUGUACCCUCGCCUGGCAGCACCAGCCAUCAGGAAGGAGGUCACAGCAAUCACGAACUGUGUGCCGCGAGAGCUUGUGCAUCUGUCAGACUAUCUCGAGCUUUUCCCGGAUCCCAUCGCUAUAGACAACCUUCAAGUAUGGUCGAGCAAGCGAACCAAGGUCUUCCUAUCGACUGCAAAGACGUACUACGAUAGUCGCACUCCGUUUAGGAAGAACGAUUUCUACGAGGCCCUCGUGCAUACGUUCCUUGGCAGCACUAGCAUGGUCGAUUUCGAAUGGGACUUCCUGGAUCUAGGACUCAUUUAUCGGUGCAAGGACGUCGGUCGGAUCGGAACACAACACCACAUUUUAUGCCGUCCCGCCCAGAGGGCUCUUCUAGAGCUGUUCAAGAAUAUGCCGCUACCUGACGCUAUCAAGACGCGAAUUUGUGACGGCAGCCUCAAUGGGAACGAAUUUGAGGAGGCUCUGUAUCAUCAGCUCAUAUGCACCGCCAAACCAAUCGAGCUCAAGACAACCGAUCUCAACGGCCGGCACCCGAGUACCAUUUUACUGGAUUUUUCCCAUUAUGAGACCCUCCGAGCUGGUAUGACCUCCCUUGGAUCCGGCCACGAAAAGGUUCUGACCCGCGGCUACUGCAAUCACCCUCGAUUUGACUUUAUGCUUGGACCAGUGUUCAUUCAAGUAUCCGUCAGCGACUUUGCAAAACACAAUAAGGAUUCGGCGGACUUCAGCAUCGCUUUCACCGCCAGGGAUAUCAAUGGAACGAAUCAGAUUGAGCGUUACCUAAAUGAUCUGUAUGGUCCCGGUCACUCCGCGAAGAUAGAGCACAACAAGUUUGUUGUCACCAGGAACGGUGAGGAUGUGCUUGGAUUUAAUGUAGUCUACAUUCGUGGCUCUCCCGGCCAACCUUCGCACCCCAAAUUGGCCAAGCAGUUCCCAGAUGUUCGACAUAUCUCAUUCGAGGCAGUCAUUGAGAGCCUUUUCAAGAAUAUUGUUACAAGUCAGCCCUCCAAUCAGAACAACACCGAUGUGCAGAAACUAGUGGUGGACUGUUUGCAAGAUGCGUCUCACCUUGCGGCCGACAAGAAGCGUGAGGCCCAACGACUGAUCGGCGUGUUUGUUGAGACAUUGCGUGAUCGAAUGAAUGCAGCGGAGAAUAAGCUCAGGACCAAGCUUCUGUUGGAAAAGCCGCCUGAUGAGGUCGAUGACUCCAGCAAGAGCAGCGAGAGCAGCACCGACCUCGACGACAAGAGCAGUCACCAAGAGGGAUUCCUUCAUUCUUCCCUCAUAUUCCUUUAUUCCGGCAACUAUCCCAGGAAGAGAGGAGAGGGAUUUGAUUUCGACAACAUUGUGCCCAAGGACAAUAUCAAAGACAAGGACAAGAGUCAAAUCAAGGGUACUGGGGUCGGAGCGGUUUUGAACGACUUUAUCGACUGGCUGACCGAAAAAUCGUUCUACAAGCCCAAAAGGGGUCGUGGUGAGCUCAACGAAACGAUGCUGUAUACUCCCACAUACUUGGUCAGAUCGGUUGCUGGGCAGUUGGCCAUCGAACUCAACAAGGUGUACGGGCAUGGGAGUCAUGAGUUGUACAAGAAGACGGAAGGAUCGAGUGCCGAUUUUUUCGAGAAUACGGUAAGUGCCCACGCGCUUAUGGUCGAGCUUCCUGCAUGGUCUGUUCGUUUGGAGGUUCCGGGCGUCCAGCCAUACAAGAUCUCCUACUUGCAGAUUGGCAGGGUUGUCUCAAAAAACACCAAUAAUCAGAACUUCGCCUUCUCGACCAGAGUCUUUGUGGAUCUCCGACAAACCAGACUUGAAGUCGACGGAUCCUGGCCCGGUUCUCAGAUCCUGUUCCAGCAACUACAGGACCGAUUUCAGGAUUUCUGCACGCGAUAUGACCAAUAUAAACAGAGUCAAACGCGGGGAGUUCAGCCCAAGUCCUCCGACGAUACUAUCGCACGAUUGCGAGCUCCGGGCUCUUUUAAUCGGUAUCGGACUGUCGAAUCCCCAGCACCGGUUUCCAAGGACUCUGAAUCCUUUCCUCAGAGGCCACCCACUGUUAGUUUGGAGCCUACUGCUUCGACUUCUUCGGAUCCGGAGCGACGAGGGAACGUGGCUCAUGACUCCCCACCCAAGGCCAAGCAAUUGGUUUGGAAACCGCCCAAGAAGGCUUCUGAGUCCCCCGACGACACUUCCACCAGCAGCACCAAGAAGGACAGCAAAAAGAAGGAUGCAAAGGCUAAGAAGACUCGGGAAAAGCCGUCAUCCAAUGAAGGAUCGAACUCGCACGCGGAGAAGGGCAAGCAAAGUCUCGUGAGGUCUCUCGGCUGGCACCACCCCAUAUCAUCGCUGGAGGUCGGUACUUUGAAGACCAACAUCGAUAGAGUCUUGACGGAUCGGCCUGAUCUACAGCUCGAGGUGAUCAACUGUAUCAGCGAGGGUUCAGAGCUUGCAGUGGAUAUCAAGAGAAAAGCUCAAGGCCUCAUUGGUGGGUUUCUGGAGAAGUUGCGGAAUCGUAUGAAGGCAGCGGAGGAGUCUAAGCGACAGGAACUGAGGAAAUCAGGCAAGACCAUGUCGGAGUCGGAGCGGCUGGAGGCACGGCGGGAUGCGGUGACGAUGGACGAGCGAGAUACUCUGGAUUAUCUGUGUGAGAGGGUUGAGCCCAAAGUCAACAAGUGUGGUGACGACGACGUCGACGACAAUCAGGAGGUUUCAGGCGACCUGGAUACAGAAGGGAAGGGUAACAAAUACUUCCAAUUCCUUCUGUCUUUCUUGGCCUACUUGUACUCAAGGAACCUUCCAGACAAGAACUCCAAAAUCGGAAAAGUCGUCAAAACCUUCAUCAACAUCCUGGUAGGGCUUCAACUCUUCGACAUCUGUAAAAAUCGAAACGAGCUCAACGAAAGAAUGCCGUUCACGGCGAGCUAUCUGGUGCGGUCCGUCGCUGGACAGCUCUCGGUGGAACUGAAGAAGAUGUAUAAAAAUGGCACCCACCUUUUGUAUGAUCAGGUCAAGACCUUGAAGGAUAAGGGACGACUAGAGGACCAUAUCGAUAUCCGGAUUCAGGAAAACAUCUCGGCCGCGGAAAACUACCUUACCCUCAACGAGCUCAUACCGAACAGCUGGCGACUCGCUCCCAUCACCUCUUCGCAGCAACCGUUUGUGACAUUCUCGGAGCGAGAGCUGGCUCUUUUCUUUUGGAAGCGACCCUUGUUGAAACAGAGACUGGUCGAGCUGGCCUUCUCGGAUGAAGAUAGUACCACCCUCACGUCUGCUAAGGAUCUCGAGGACUGGAUCGGAGGACGAGAGCCUGGGGUUAUCGUCAAGAAGUUCAUCUCCGACAUUGACCCAGAUGGGCUGUCAAACCGUCAAAAGCGCAAGACUGGUCAUCGCGGGGCCAUCAAGCUGCUCUCCUUGGGUCAGAUUCGGGAUCAUUUGGAGUUGGUUGAAGAGACAAAGCCAAAGGACUAUCAUUAUAGCGGCUACGUCCCUCAAGGAUCGAUACGGACGGACGGUUUCCUGGUCCAGGUUAUGGCCUUCAAGUUGCAUGAACGACAGGACGCUCGAUUCAAAAGACUGGCCGAGGAGGAUAUGCCCUCACGAAUCACUACAACCGUUGCAGGGGUUAACGGUUUCCUUCAGGAAAUUCGGAAUGUGAUCAAGAGCGAGCAGGACAUCAAAGAACUUUGGCCUGGAAAGGACGUGGACAGGAUGAAGAUUCUAACCUUGGAUGGGAGCCAAGUGUGUGUGGUUGGCGCGUUCGCACAUCUACCCAAUGGCUUGGGUGGCAAGGAGAAGGCUGAGGAGGAGUCCAGCAUGGACGGAAUCAUCACCACCAACCAAGAAUCGACCAGCCUCGCCAGCCAAGGGUUAGCGUCCGUGGAUCCAGUGCCCGCGUCAGCUUCCACCAUCACCUCUGCGCAGCCUCCAGUAACGGAUUCGCUCGUGACCAUUUCGAGACCUGCCUACUGUAACUUGGCGGUGAAGCAGAAGGCCGUAUAUCAGCCAACAUUUCGCUUCAGAAGGUGGCUCGAGAACGAGAAGAUGGCUACACCACAAGGCGACGAGGAGAAGUCGAUUACUUACAUCGAAACCCAUCUGCCACCUCUUCGAGGACAAGAUGCGAGCGUUAUUGAGUAUGUGACAGAGCUGGAGCAGGUCGAGCAAUGGCUGAAAAAGUUCUAUACUGGAGACGACCAUCGGUAUCAAAGACAUCGUUGGGAUAUGGCACGGACCCGACAAGCAGAGUAUCAAACGAUCGCGGAGAGACUGCUUGGGAUUGUUGGUGGCAGUCUAGGUCGGCGUGUGGAAGAUAACAAGGACACCGACCCUAUCCUAAUUGGCGUUGGUCUUGGACAGUUCGCAAGCAAGUCUAGGCUCUCGUCCCUACACUCGACCUUCCUAUCGUACUUCAUUCAGAAGAUAUACCACCACAGAGAUGUCAUGGCAGCCGAAAACAUGUCCAAGAUCGCUCUAGGACACCUGGUGAGGCAGGAGAGACCCGAUUACCUCCAGCCUAUCAACGCAGAUGGAUCGUACCCUUGGAAGGCUAGGUCUGGCGAGGGAUCCGGUACAAGUUCGAGCAGUAUGGCCACCGGCAGCACCCCCACCAAUCGAGUCCCAGGACGUCGCAAGAGGGCCAUUCCCCCUUCUAGUCAGGAUCAGGGCAGGAAAGGCAAAUCGGCCCGAGCUUAG